AUGGGCCUCCUGGCGGCCCUAGCGGCAUUUCUUCUCCUAUGGUACACGAUCAUCUUGCUAGUGGCCGUUGCAGGCUUUGUUUGCAUUGCUUUUGUGUUCAGACGUCCACUGCCGCCUACCCAUGAUCUCCGGAAGCUAGAACCGGUAACCAUCAUUAGACCGAUCAAGGGCAUUGAUCCCGAGCUCUCGCUGUGCCUAGAGUCGUCGUUUCUCCAGAAUUACCCCAGCGAAAAGCUACAGAUCAUUUUUUGCAUAGACGACGUGUCUGAUCCUGCGAUGCCUAUCUUGCAAGAGCUCAUAGCAAAGUACCCCCAUAUAGACGCUAGCAUCCUUGUGUCUCAGCCUGGAUCAGACUACUACGGGCCCAAUCCGAAAGUAAACAACUUGGCCAAGGGCUUCAGGCUGGCUAAACACGAUAUUGUGUGGAUCUUGGACUCAAACGUAUGGGCGCUGCCGAAUAUUGUUGCAAACUCCGUUGCAGCCAUGAUGAACAACACCAAUUGCGGCAAUAGGAUCAACCACAGAGGACGCAAGGUUCGCCUAGUGCACCAUGUGCCCUUAGCAGUGUCGCUAGACAUGUCUGUAGCAGGAUCUUCCCUUGACGAGAUGUUCUUGUUCACGUCCCACUCCAAAUUCUACGUGAGUCUAAAUAACUUGUCCAUUGCCCCAUGUGUCAACGGCAAGUCCAACAUGUAUAGAAAAUCUGACUUGGACCAUGCGGUGGCUCUGAUCCCUUCCAAACCCUCGGAGUUUUUCCAUGAGCAGUCAGUCAUCAAUGACGCGGCCAACGUGGCGGCUAAGGGCCCAGGGAACUCCAUCAGUUUCUUUGCUAAAUAUAUUGGUGAGGAUAACAUGAUUGGCAUUGCCUUGUGGGAAUAUUGCUUUGGUCGCACAGCACUCACGGGGGAUGUUGUCUUGCAGCCGCUCAUCUCCCUGACAGACUCCAUCAAGGCAUACUUCAAUCGGAGAGUCAGGUGGCUACGCGUUCGUAAAUAUAUGGUGCUAGCUGCUACGCUUAUAGAGCCUACUACUGAGCUGAUUGUAUGUGGAUGUAUGGGCACAUUUGGUCUUUCUGUCCUACUAUGGGACCGCUUCUUCAGUUGGAAGUUCUUCUUAUUCCAUAUGGUCUGCUGGCUUAUAUGUGACUACACGCAAUACAACAUCUGGCAACACCAUUUGGACCUGGUUGUGAGUCCCCCUUACUGGUUUUCAAACAUGGAUAGCAAGAGAAGAACUUUCACGCAGUGGUGCCAGUUGUGGAUGAUGAGAGAAGCCUUCGCCCUUCCUAUUUGGAUCACCGCUAUGAUUGGCCACGAGGUGAAUUGGCGUGGGCGGCCUUUCAGAAUCAAGCAAGACUUAUCUGCGGAAGAGCUUUAG